UCCAAGGCAGACGCGGAAGUGCUGGGAGGCACUGGGAGCCGGUUCGGUUGCAGGGUUUUUGGCUCAGCCGUCCGCCUUGGGGACGUCUGGAAAGGUCGAUUCCCCGAGACCUGGUUCCGCCAGCCCAGACCAGGCGAAGCCAGCUCUCCCGGCCGCCCUUCGGCCCAGAAGCCGAUGCCGGCCGCGCCCUGGAGCCCCCUUAGCGGGGCCGGACCAUGAGCCUGCUGGGCGGCCUUGCCUCCUCGCCGCGGGCCGCGCUGCCGUCCAGCAAAGCCAGGAUGAAAAAACUCCCGAAGAAGAGCCAGAACGAGAAGUACCGGCUCAAGUACCUGCGGCUGCGCAAAGCGGCCAAAGCCACGGUGUUUGAAAAUGCUGCUAUUUGUGAUGAAAUUGCUCGUCUUGAGGAAAAAUUUCUUAAAGCAAAAGAAGAAAGACGGUACUUGCUAAAGAAGCUCCUCCAGCUUCAGGCUCUAACUGAAGGGGAAGUGCAGGCUGCAGCUCCUUCCCACAGCUCCAGUUUGCCCCUGACUUAUGGUGUGUCCAACUCUGUGGGAACUAUACAGGGAGCAGGGCCCAUUUCUGGGCCUAGCACUGGGGCUGAGGAACCAUUUGGGAAGAAAUCAAAGAAGGAGAAAAAAGAAAAAGGCAAAGAGAACAACAAGCUGGAAGUUCUGAAGAAAACAUCCAAGAAAAAGAAAAUGGAGGGAGGUGCUCGCAAGCUGGUUCAGCCCAUUGCCCUGGAUCCCUCAGGACGGCCUGUGUUCCCCAUCGGACUGGGGGGUCUAACAGUAUAUAGCCUGGGGGAGAUCAUCACCGACCGACCUGGCUUCCAUGAUGAGAGUGCCAUCUACCCUGUGGGCUACUGCAGUACUCGAAUCUAUGCUAGCAUGAAGUGCCCAGACCAGAAGUGUCUAUAUACCUGUCAGAUCAAGGAUGGUGGUCUGCAACCUCAGUUUGAAAUUGUUCCUGAAGAUGACCCCCAGAAUGCCAUUAUCAGCUCUUCUGCAGAUGCCUGUCAUGCAGAACUGCUCAAGACCAUAAGUGCUACUAUGGGGAAACUCAGGCCCAACCUGCUUCCAUCUGGAGCUGACUUUUUUGGGUUUUCUCAUCCAACCAUCCACAACCUGAUCCAGAGUUGUCCAGGAGCUCGAAAAUGCGUCAAUUACCAGUGGGUGAAAUUUGAUGUGUGCAAACCUGGAGAUGGGCAGCUACCCCAAGGACUGCCAGAGAAUGAUGCAACUAUAAGCUUUGAAGCCUUUCAAAGACACACCUUUGAUGAAGAUCAUAAUGAUCCCAUUCUACAAGGAUCCUUGGACCUCCCGGAGCUUCAGCCUACAGCCUUUGUGUCUUCUUACCAACCCAUGUUCCUGACACACGAACCUUUGGUAGAUACUCACCUACAGCACUUGAAGUCUCCGUCACCGUGUAGCCCAACUCAGUCUUCAGACUGAACAAGAAGGGAUCAGAUCCACAUCAUUUUCAUCGUGAUGAAUUUUUUAACUUAAAUUAAAACUUAGAAUAUAUGGAAGAAGGCAGCAAUUCAGGAGUGAAGAAGAUAUUAACACCUUUUGUCUUGGAGGUUCCUGUGGUGACAGUUUUCCCUGAGAAAAACUUCAGCUGCUUUAUUUUUAGUAAUAAAUUUCUCUUGACAAUCCUGCUUAUUUUCA